CUAGAAUCCAAACCAGUAAAUCCCUGAAAAAAUAUCAAUAUUGUCUUUGGUCUUAAAUCAAUGUCAAAAUUCUAAAAUAUGGAUUAUUUGUCUGUGGUAAAACCAAGUUGUUAGUUGACGUGAACAGGAUAUUUUCCUGUAUUUUUAAUUAUUCUUUAUAUUUUAACUUUUAAACAAGUAAAAACGUGAAAAAUGUCUACGGCAGUAGAUCAAAAAUCGUAUUUACAAAAGUACUUGGGUGGUCCAUCGGUCGAUAAGAAGAAGAAAAAGAAAAAAAACGUUAAAGGAAAGGGGUUCAAAAUAAUAGAUGAUGACUUGGAUCUAUCCAAACUGCGCCCACUAGAUGGUGAUGAGCUGGAUAUAUUGAAUGAGGGUGAGGAUGCUCCUCAAAUAGCUGGCAUCAUUGAUGAGAGGCCUGAAGAGUUGAGGAAGAUGGAUGCCUUUCAAACCUCGUCCAAGUGGAGGGUUAUCAACCAAGAUGAUGGAUUCAACAGCAAACUAAAAGUAGAGGAGGUUAAACGCAACAAGAAAGAAGUUGAAAAAGAGAAUGAAAUUGUAUUCGGUAAAAUGUACAGCGAUUCUGAAGACGAGCAGAAAAAUGACUCUGAUGCAUCACCACCACGAAAAAAUGAUAAUAAGAACAGUUCUAGUACUAAAAAGAAUCAAAAACAUAACAGCGACAGUGAUUUUAGCCCUCCCAGAAGAGAUAAAACAAGUAAUAGAGGUAAAAAUUCGAAAAAUUCUGAUUCAGAUGUAUCACCACCUAGAAAAAACACGAAAAACGAUCGAAAAUAUAAUGCAAACAAUAGUGAUAGUGACACUAGUCCUCCAAGACGUAAGAAUGAUACAGAAAACUCAAAAUCAAAAACCAAGUAUGACUCGGAUCAGUCCCCUGUAAGAAAACAUUCGACAAGUCGCACUUCAAAUGAUAAAAAGUCCAAAACUCAUCAAACAGACAGUACAAGAUCAAAAAAUCAAAACAAUAGAGAUGCAAGCCCGCCACGAAGAAAAGAUGAUAACCAAAAUAAGAGUAGAGUUAGGAAACCUUCACGUUGGGGCGAUUUUAAAGACGAAUCAAAUCAGAGGUCAAAAAGUCCCAGAGCACAACGUAAAAAUUCACCUGAUAGACAUAUAAAUGAAAACAAUCAUUCAAAAAAAUACAGCAAUGACUCUGAUAUUUCACCACCUAGAAAAUCAAGACAUGAUUCACCAAAGAGAAACAGAUCUCCUGAUUCUGAUGAAUCACCACAAAGAAAAAGAAAGCAGUCUCCAGAUAAACGAAAGAAUGAUGAUAAAUAUAGAGACAUUUCAUCACCUAAAAGGAACAAGCAACAAAAAUAUUCUGAACAGGCAAAAAGGUCGCACGAAAGUAGUAAAAGAAGGCAUGAAAGCGAUUCUGAUGCAUCACCAAGACAAGAAAGAAACAGAAAUGAUACAAAAAGAAGUAAAAGAAGAAACAUUGAUUCAGAUUUAUCCCCAGCAAGACAAGAAAAAAGUAAAAUUUACAAUAAAAGAACUAGACAAAACAGUGAUUCAGACAUUUCACCUGCAAGGAAAGAAAGAAAUAAGAAAGACAACAAAAGUAAAAGAAAAGAUAGCGAUUCUGAUUUGUCACCUCCCAGAAAAGGAAGAAGUAAAACUAACGAUAAAAGAACUGCAAAUAAAAAUCAAAGGCAAGACAGUGAUUCGGAUCUAUCUCCACCGAGAAAAGAAAGAAGCAAGAAUUACCAAGAGAGAAGGGAUGAACCUCCACCAAGUAACAAGAAAAUGGAGAAAACUUUAGAAGGCAAGCAAGCGGGAUUGCAAGACGCAAGACAAUUGAAACAAGAAAAUGAAUCUUUUAGACGAAGAGAAGACGAGGCAUUCAGAAAUAUGACAGAUGAAAUGUCUGGAAGAAACGCCAAGAUUGUGUCUAGAAAAGGUAAAAGAGAAACAUCAGAAGACAGACAGAAACAAAGAGAAAAGGCAGAGAGACAAAAAGUGUUGGACGAAAAAUAUAAACAAUGGAGUAGAGGAUUAAAACAAAUAGAAUCCCAACAAGCGGCAGUACAAGACUUCAUACAUGAAUCAUCGAAACCACUCGCCCGGUACAAAGACGACCGCGAUCUGGAGAGUAAACUGAAGGACGUGGAGAGACAGGGAGACCCGAUGCUGCAGUACAUGCGAGAGAAGAAGAGGGAGAGAGGAGAGCUGGGGCCUGAAAAACCAAUCUACAAGGGCAACUUCCCGCCGAAUCGCUUCAACAUUCGCCCAGGUUACCGCUGGGAUGGCGUAGAUCGCUCCAACGGCUACGAGAACAAAUACUUCGCGCAACAGAGCAAGAGGAAAGCGCAAGAGGAAGAGGUCUAUAAGUGGAGUACCGAGGACUUGUAAAAUAAGUUAUUGUGUAAUAAAAAAAUCAAUUGUAAAUAUAAUAAAUGUUUAUGUACAAAACAUA